ACUCGGCUAAAUCUGGUUAGACUUGUAACUGCAGCCUUUGUGAGCCACGAGUCCACGACACCUCCGCAUCCCAGUCUUGAGUUUAUUAUUUUUAUUUCAGUCUUCUGUCCCACCUGUACAAUUCAUCCCAGCCCACCCGACAUCUACAGGUCGCGAGUACAAUCCAUCUCCGUGAGGCAUUCUUACAACCCUUCUCCCCCUUACCCGUCGAAGAUCACACUCUGAUCAUGGAGCCCGUCGUCAAUGUCCUGGUGGACACCUUUCCUGGCCUCUCCCUACCACCCACUCUGUGCCUGCCUUUCCCAGCGAGCUCAAGCGCCGUUGAAGUACUGGACUCGAUCGCAAAUUUACUACCACGAAACCAGCCACGAACGACGCGAUUCAUUUUGACGACUACCUCCAACCGACCUAUUUACGCUUGCCCUUCUACAACAGUCGCGGAUCUUGCCCAAGGAUCAGCGUAUCAGCCAUGCGCCGAUACAUCGAUUCUGCCUUUACGGCUCUCAAUGCCAUUGGUUGGUGGCAAGGGUGGUUUUGGCUCCCAGCUCAGAGCUGCGGGCGGACGCAUGUCCUCGCGCAAGAAACGCCAAAAUGCCGAGCUUGCUACCGGUAGUGCUCGUAACCUGGACGGACGGAGAUUGAGGACCAUCACAGAGGCUAAAAAUCUGGCUACCUAUCUGGCCACCAAACCCGAGAUGGACAAGAAGGAAAAGGAAGAGCGACGAAAGAGAUGGGAGCAGGUCAUAGAUUUGGCCGAGCAACGAGAAGCGGACAUGCGUGCUGGAAAGGGAGCGGAUGGUCGCCGGAAAGGGUUGAGCGACGAGUGGGUAGAGGAAAAGGAAGAAAUUGGCGAGAACGUCAGGAACGCUGUCAAAAUGGCCAUGGCGGCGAGUCACAAUCGGCCGAAGAAUGCCGAGGGUGGUGCACAAGAUGACGGGAGUAGUGGCAGUGGUGGUUCCGCUCCCGGCAGUGAAGAGGAUAGCGAUGCAGAAGAUGCUAUGGAGCUUGACGAGGAAGGGAUGACUCGGCUUAGGUUUGAGGCGGAGGCUGGUGAUGCCGACGCGCUUUGGGUGCUUCAGCAUCGGCUGAAUAUCCCCUCUGAUCUGCUACCCAAGCCCAAACAGCCUGUGCGCCGGUUUGCAGGAUUCGACGAUGAAGAGGACGAUUCCGGCAGUGACAAUGAUAUCGAGGAGCAGGCCACGAAAGGAAAAGGCAAAGAAAAAGUUUUCUGAAGAGGUCUGUCAAGUAAUGAG